AUGCAAGGAACUCUCCGCAAGCAGCGGGAGCCCAGCGCUGGGCUCCCGUGCCUUGCGGAGAGCUGCGCCCAGCCUUCGGCAUGCAGGCAACUCUCAGCAAGCAGCGGGAGCCUAGCGCAGGGCUCCCGCUGCUUGCGGGGAGGUGUGCGAAGUCUGGCCACGCUGGGCUCAGUGCGCCCAGCCUUCGGCAUGCAGGCAACUCUCCGCAAGCAGCAGGAGCCCAGUGCAGGGCUCCCGCGCCUUGCGGAGAGGUGCGCCCCGCCUUUGGCAUGCAG